AUGGCUGAAUCUGAAAAUGAAGCUAGGCGUCAAUGGUCGCCCACUCGAGAAGAAUAUACUCAGCUAUGGAAAGAUUCUCGAUUAUCUAUCCCGCCAUUGAUUCGCAUACCAGCUGCGGCGCUGACUGCAUUCAGCGUGGGAAUGACUUUGGGUCUCGCACAAGGUAGCAAGAUGGCCGGCUUACGUUUUAGAGCCGAACAUGCUCACAGGCUCCCUACGUCUACAACCGGAUGGUACCUGUAUCACAAGAGCAAGAACUACCAUCUAGCAUAUGGAGGACUGAAGGAAGGCUUUAAAGUCGGCGUCAAACUCAGCAUUUUGAGUACCUGUCUGUUCUGCGCCGAGAACGUGUUCGACGUAUACCGGGGCAGCAAGGAUCUUUUCAGCACCGUGAUGGCCAGUCUGGCUGUAGCCGGUGGUUUCAGUUUCUGGAAUCGAUUUUCAGCUGCAGAGACGGCGAGGACGGCUAAAAAAGGUCUUAUAUUUGGACUCGCGUACGGUGCCGCUCAAGACGUACUGUCUCUCGCCAAAGGACGACCCGUAGGUUAUAUCGAGUUUAUUCGGAGACAUAUCGGAAAGGUCAACCAACUUAAGGAGAAGGCGAUAUGA